CUACCUACUCUAUUUGAUCCUCCUCUUUGAUUGAUUCCGGGAACAAUCAUCAUCAACCACUCACCACUCACCAUGUCUCCUUCUGCCUUAUUGAGUGACCGCCAACGGCAUGACCUUGUGCUUGCUCAUCUCAAGAACGGUGUUCAUCUCAAUGGCCAUUCCACCCUCUCCAAGAAAGCCUCAUCUACAAAUGGCUUCAUCAAAGCCGACUAUUUGCUCGAUCGAAACUUGCACAAAGCAUUUCCCGUUGUCAAAGGCGGCAAAGGAAACUACUUAUUCCUUUCUGAUGGUCGAAAAAUCUUCGAUACCACGUCUGGAGCUGCAGUUUCCUGUCUCGGUCAUGGUAAUGAAAGAGUCAUUGAUGCUAUUACGGCUCAAUUGAAAACUGGAACGCCUUACCUCGCUUCGACUUUUUGGAUGUCUGAAGUCGUGGAAGAACUUUGCAAAGAAUUGAUCAAUGGUACUGAUGGAAAGAUGGCUCGUGUCUACUUGACCGGUUCCGGUUCUGAGGCAAUGGAGUCGACUGUCAAGAUGGCGCGGCAAUUCUUCUAUGAGAAAGACAAGAACACUCCCCGAGUAAAUUUCGUCGCAAGAGAGAACUCUUAUCAUGGAAACACCCUUGGUGCUCUUGGCAUUUCCGGGCAUGUUGCUCGGAGAGCUCCGUACACACCUUUCCUCAUGGACAACGUGCAUCACGUAUCAGCCUGCAAUGCAUAUCGACAACGAGAAGAGGGCGAGUCAGAUGCCUCUUUUGUGGCGAAGAAAGCAGCUGAAUUGGAAGCGAAAUUUCACGAACUUGGACCAGAAACGGUCAUUGGUUUCAUCUGCGAACCCGUUGUGGGGGCCGCACUCGGCUGCGUCCCUUCAGUCCCAGGUUAUCUCAAUGCAAUGAGGGAGGUCUGCCAUAGGCAUGGCGCUUUGUUCAUUCUUGAUGAAGUCAUGAGUGGAAUGGGUCGUUGCGGAACUUUGCAUGCCUGGCAGGGCGAGGAUGUUGUACCAGAUCUGCAGACUAUUGGGAAGGGGCUUGCUGGUGGAUAUCAGCCAAUUGCAGCAGUGCUGAUCUCCCACAAAGUUGUUAAAGCUUUGAUGAAUGGCAGUGGUCAAUUCAUUCAUGGGCAAACAUAUCAAGGUAUGCCAGUCCAAGCUGCUGCGGCACUCGAGGUCCAAAAGAUCCAGCGGGAGGAGAAUUUGAUGAAGAAUGUCAGGGUUCAAGGUGCGUAUCUGGAAGAACGUCUCAAAACUCUUCUCGGCGACCAUCCAAACGUUGGUGAUAUUCGUGGUCGUGGUCUCUUCUGGGGUCUCGAAUUCGUCAAAGACAAGAAGACGAAGGAGCCGUUCGAUCUCAAGAUGGGCAUCGCCCAGAAACUUUCCGACACCGCGAUCUCGCCACUUUUUAACAUUACCUUGUACCCUGGUACCGGUACUGCGGAUGGAGUAAAGGGGGACCACGUGAUAAUCGCACCCAGCUACAUCGUUACUAGAGAGGAGGUCGACUACAUUGUCAAGGUCAUAGCAGAUGUUGUGCACAGUGUCUUUUCUACUAUCUGAAAUUAUUUGUAUUAACACGAAAAGGGGCCAGAAGGAAUGGAAGAGCGAAAGCAUUUGAUUGAUACGCUCUACUUCUGUGUGGAUUUACUUUAGAGUAUGACUUUAUAUUCCUAGCGCAAGCUCAACCUAAAUGACAUUUCCAUUUGAU